GAUGGGGGAACUAGGCACAGGCGUAACUGGUGGGGGAGGCGCGGGAGGGGGAGGAGGAGGAGGAGGGAGAGGAAGAGGAGGUAUGGAUAAGGGGAAGGAGCAGCAGGGUGGGUCAGCAAUGGCAGCUGUUUUGAGGACGCUGCCUCACGUGCUGCCGUUUGAGAAGAGAGUUCACAUAUUCCGCGAGUUGAUUCAAGUGGAUAAGGCGAGGAACGGGUUGCGUAUUGCACCUGGGGCUGGGAUGGUGAGGCCAGUGGUGGACGUGUCUGUUCGGCGCGACCUGCUGGUGGAAGACGCUUUCGUCCGCCUCAACCAGCUGGGCCCCAUGCUCAAGGGCCGUGUGCGGGUGUCAUUCGUGAACGCGUUUGGAGCGGAGGAGAUAGGCAUGGAUCAGGGCGGACUGUUCAAGGAGUUCCUCACUGACCUCGCUAAGGCAGCCUUCGACCCGGGGUAUGGUCUUUUCCUCCAAGCAGCAACUGAAGAAGGCUAUCUGUAUCCCCAUCCGGCAGCAGCAGCGCUGGGCCACGGCAUUCCGAUGGUGGAGUUCUUGGGGCGCAUAGUGGGCAAGGCGCUCUAUGAGGGCAUUCUCCUGGAGUACAACUUCGCGCCCCUCUUUGUGUCGAAGCUCGUUGGGAGAUACGCGUUCCUGGACGAGCUCUCCUCGCUGGAUGUGGAGCUCUACCGCAACCUCAUGUACCUCAAGCACUAUGAAGGGGACGCAUCAGAGCUCGCAUUGGACUUCACAGUCACAGAGGAGGUACUUGGCGAGCACAGCAUAGUGGAGCUGCGGCCGGGCGGCAGCCACAUCGCAGUGACCAACGAGAACAAGCUGCAGUACAUCCAUGCUGUGGCGGAUUACAAGCUCAACCGUCAGAUGGCAGCAGUGGUGGCGGCGUUCCUCAGGGGCCUCUCGGACCUGAUUCGGCCCGAGUGGCUGCGGCUAUUCAGCCCCAAGGAGUUUAACCAGCUGCUGUCAGGCGGGGAGCAGGACGUGGAUGUGGAGGACCUAAGGGCCCACACGCAGUACUCUGGGGGGUAUUCGGACAGCGACCGAACCAUUCAAAUGUUCUGGCAGGUGGUGGCUGGCCUGUCAAGGGAGGAGAAGAGCCAGCUACUCAAAUUCGUCACCAGCUGCUCGCGACCUCCCCUGCUGGGGUUCAAGCACCUCCACCCGCCAUUGACCAUACACAAGGUGAUUAUGCUGAGACUUGAUGUGACUGAUGUGAAUGGUGGGCUGUAUCUGAUCGAGAAAAUCCGCCACCAGCUGCUCGCAACCUCCCCUGUUGGGGUUCAGGCACCUCAACCCGCCAUUGACCAUCCAUAAGGUGCGCUACAGCCUACUCAAGACACCUUAACCCCCCGUUAACACAUCCGUGAAAUGUGAUUGUAUUGAGAUGCUAUGCGGACUGAAACAUGGAUAUUGUCUCGUGACUUUAAGGACGUGUGACCUCGGCAGUGGGGGGCCGAAAUUCGCACGAUUUCGAAUCCCGAAGGUGUGCGAACAACGAAAUCUGUUGUUCGCACAUUCGUGUGAGUUUCAGCUGUGGCAAGCGCCAAAACCAUGGAUCCCGAGGCCCCAUUUUGAAUCUCUGAAAUUGCGUGAUAGGAGUCUAGUUUUGCGUGAUAGUUUUGAGGCGCCUCAAAACUAGAUCCCGAGGCCCAAACCACUUUGAAUCUCUGAAAUUCGAAUCGUUACGAAGAGUGACAAACCCCGCAAAUACGUCGCCAAUCACGAAACCCAACCAUACCUGCCCCGUGCCUCCAAAACCCCUCCCAGACCUUUCAUGCCCGCGCUGUAGAAAUUGGGCUCGUGGGCUCUAUCGCUGCGGGAAGUAGGCUUGGUGUGGGCAGGCUGUCCGCUCGGGCAGAAUCUGGUCACCUGUCGCGCCAGUUUGCCCUCGCACAUUUUCGCAGGACGCCAGAUUGGCGCGAGUGUGUUCCGUGCUCACGGGCAGGGCCUGCCAUUCGAACAGGGGUGUUGGCACCCUUUUUUAUGCCAUUCAUGGUGACUUCGCGAGGUGAUUUUUGAGUCGACUCAAAAAUCGUUCAUGGUGACUUCGCGAGUUUUUUUGGCGAAAAUCGCAAAAGCACUGCCGACGUUCGCGAAACUUGUUAACGUGGAUGCACCCAUGUGGGCUACACUAGGAGGGCCGGAUAUAGACUGGCUGCCCACUUCCAUGCUCAGUACUCAUCCUCCAUGUGAUUUGUACCCCAUAUAACCCCCCUCACUAUCAGGUUAACGUGGAUGCACCCAUGUGGGCUACACUAGGAGGGCCGGAUAUAGACUGGCUGCCCAAU